CACACGCACUCCAAUAUACCUCUAAAUAUACAGUAUUUGGACUGAUGAUGGCCCCCAGAGGAGUACACACACUGCUUUUAGCUUUACUCUGGACUACAUUUUCCGGCUCCACACUCGGGAAUCAUCUGCAUAAGGCGAGGAUCCGAGUGAAGAGUGAAAAUGCAGAAUUUCUCAGGUUUAAUACAUCAAGUGGACACAUGAUUGAUAACCUGAAGCUGAUCCGUGAUCCCCACAGUGUAAACAUCUAUGCAGGAAGUCCUCAGGGCCUGUACAUGUUAAAUCCAGGAGAACAUCCAGCAGUGCAGCAGGUGCAUGUGCCAAUAUUUGAACCGGAAUGCAAGAGCAACCCUACUGAUUGUGAAUACAAAAUCACUCUGCUGAAAGAGGGGAGGAAUGGAAAUCCACUGUUCAUGUGUGGAUCCAGAAACGAGGAUACAAAGUGCUGUGAUGUGAGCUCAGAGCACCUUCCUGUGAACUGCUUCAUACUGAGGCAUCCAGCACAAAUCGAUGACCCGUCUUUGCACGUUGGUGACUCGCUAUAUUACACAGUCUCGAGUGGGAGCAAUGGUAAAAGUAGCAAAGGCCUUUACAGAUGGACCACUGACGGAAUCACCUGGACAUAUCUGAGACAAACCGAGCACAGGUAUGUAAAAAUUGUAGCAAAUGAAGGCGAUGGGUCACUUGACGGAAAAGUGUACUCCUUCUUCAUCGAGCAGAACCAGGACCCGGAUUCGGACAUGACCCUCUGGAUGCCCCGAGUUUCUCAGAUCUGUAUGGCGGAUCGGGGUGGCAGUAAAUCAGUUCUGCAGUACCGCUGGACGUCCAUGGUGACCGCACGCAUGUUUUGUGGUGAUGAGAAGAAGCGGAUCUCGUAUACCGAGCUGCUGGACGUUGCUGUGCUGGAAGAUGCGGACUGGAAAAACACCACAAUUUACGCCCUCUUCAAAAAUGCCUACAACCUGAGAGCCGUGUGUGUUUACAAAAUGUCCGACAUCAUUCGGGUCUUCACGAGCAACACAUUCAAAGAUGAAUCUGAGACGUUUUCUUCAACACGUCCUGGAGAGUGUGUAGAAGACAGUCGUACGUUAUCGCCAAGUUUUCUGAAGUUUAUGGAACGUCGUCCGGAGUUGAAGCAGUGGAUUAAGCCUGCACGGGACCCUCUGUUGUUCGACCACCAUCACUACACACUCCUGCAGGUGGACAGAGUGGAGAGCAAGAGAUCAGGAAACAGCCAUCAUACUGUCCUCCUCAUGAGUCUAAACAAUGGCAACGUCCAUAAAGUCCUGGAGCAGGAUGGUGACCCCUUCAUCAUCGCAGAGUACGAGCCCUUUAAAACCAGGACACAUAUCUCCAGCAUGCUGCUCGACAGUACAACAAAAAAGCUCUAUGUGAGCUCCAUCAGUGAGGUGAUCCAGAUCGACCUGCAGGACUGCAGUGUGUACGGGAAACACUGCGCCUCGUGUGUGAUGGCCCGAGACCCGUACUGCGGCUGGGACUUGGACUUGGAGACGUGUUCAGCUAACACUGGAGCCUUACAAGAUGUGACCCAUGGAAACUACUCUCUAUGUGAAAAUGGUGUCCUCAAAAUCAAUGAGUCCCGGACAGAUAGCAACUCUCCUAGCAGCGUCCCUCGAGACUCUAAGUUCUAUCUUAGUUGCCCCAUGGAAUCCCAGUAUGCCUCAUAUGUUUGGGACCACCGGGGCAGGAUAAGAGAGUGUGUCUUAACUGAACAGGACUGCCUUUUGCUGAUCGACAGCAUGAGCGAAAAGGACGAGGGCGUUUAUGAAUGCGUCUCCUCAGAGAACGGCUACGACAGGACGAUCGUCCGUCAGGAGCUGCAGAUGAACUCCGCCUCAGAGACCAGAACGACUCGCGUAGCUUUAGCGUGCCUUCUGUUCCUGAUCUCUGUGAUCUUCUAGUGCUGUCUGGAUGUUGAAUUUAUGUAGUAUCUUUCUGGUUUGGGUUUGCUCUUAUUUCAAAGAAUGGACUGCCUGUUAAAAUCGUGGAUCUCAUUGAAGCUACAUCAUUUGAAUUUCUAGCCUUAACAUAUUUGAAUAUUGUCCCUAUACUUAUGACUUUGAUUUGCCGAAUACCUAAGCCUGCACCACAGUUUCUGUCUGAGGUUAAUGAACUGCGCACUAUUGCAUCCUCUGUUUGCUCUGAAAUUCUCCUUGUGGGAGAGAUUAACAUUCGUUUAGAUUCAUCUUUGACCUCUGUAGUUUUGUCUGUCCUUCAUUGCAUUGAAUUUAGGCAACAUGUAGACUCCCUACUCACACUAAGAGUCAUAUUUUAGAUACUGUUUGCACUGCUGACUUAGACAUGUCUCAGCUCUGUGGCACUCUUUUAGGUAUCUCUGAUCACAAGCUUAGUCUUGCUGCUCCCAAGCUCUGGAACGCCUUGCCUCAAUACCUCCGUGAAUGCUCAACCCUUUCAUUGUUUAAAUCUAAACUUAACAUGCACCUAUUCACAAUACAUUAUCACACUGCCAGCUCUCAGUAAUUCCCUGUUCCACUCUGUUAUAUGUUUAUGUAUGUAUGUAUUUAUGUGUUUCUAUAUGUACACGUGUAUGCAUGUGUGUAUAUAUGUCAUGUCACGGCUAACCAGCAACUCGCAUUUCCCAGAAUGCAGCAUGAACUACAAACAUGGCAGACAACUACAACUCCCAAUGGAACACACAGACCUGUCACCUUCUCCUGAGGACUAAUCACACACACCUGUUCUCAAUCACACCAGACUACUUAAGAGACUCUCAUACACAAUGUCUUUGUGAAGUAUAUGCUCAGUUGACUUGUCGCUGUUGUUUACCAAGCCUUUACCUUUCGUCAUUGCACUAUGUUUUUUUUAUUUAUUUAUUUUUAUUUUGUUAUUCCCUCAACUUUGAUUCUUUGUCUUGCCUAGUUUGGAUUGUUUGCAUGAACGCUUGACCCUCGCCUGUCUACGGUUAUUGAUUUCUAUCUAACCCUGUGGAGUUGUCUUCUUUUUAAACUGCCUUACCUGCGCUUGCUUCCGUCUCAGCCUCCAUUAAGUAACAAAUAUAUAUGUUAUGUAAGUAUGUUUAUUUGUGUAUAUACGCUUACUUGCAUGGAUGUUUUUGUAUAUGAGUAUGUACAGUGUGUAUAUAAGUGACCUUGGGUCUGAGAAAAGUGCUAUAAAAAAUAAUCAUCAUAAUUAU